CGCCGUUAGAAAAAAAUUUCAAGUCCUCAAGUAUUCCGCCCGAUCAAAUCAACCAACCAAAUCACGAAUUCUUCAGCGCCAAAUCGAGUGAACACCUUUUUUCCUUUGAGUUGCAGAUUUCAACUUUUCAAGAUGCCCUCAGAUGACAUUCAUCUGACCUCAAAAGCGUCCCACAUUGACGAGGCAUCGGAAAGUUCGUUUGCUGGAGAACUGAGCGAUGAGAAGGCCAACUGGGCUCCCGCCGAUAACCGCGCUUCCGUCAUGAACGCGAUCUAUAGUGACCAAAACUACCUUUCCAGCGCGUCCUACUUACUCGGUGCAAAUCAACGGCCUGAUUCAGCAGCAAGCUCGUAUCCUUCCUUCCGGGGCAGUCAAAUCGACCCGGGGAAAGCCAGUCGACGAUCCUACAUGGAAGAUUAUCAAGACUUCGAUGCAGAGCUGGAGGACGAGCUGCAUAAUGACGAUGGAGAUGAUGACGAGGAUAACCUGACUGGCUCACCCAAAAAGUCCAAGCUCGCAUGUGGCAACUUGUUUCCGAUGAGAGGGAUUCUGAACAUGGGCGCAGUGAUGUUGCUAGCAUUAGCCCUAGUGACUAUCUUUGGUAUCCUUCCGAUUCUCACUUACUAUGGCGCUCACCGUGCAACCAAACAACUUGCCGUCAACAGUGGCGGAUUUAACUUGGGAGGAAUCAAUGCCUCAGGCCAAGUGCCUCUGAUACACAAUCUUGCUGGUGUCAUAGACCCCGCAACUCCCCAGAGCGUUAUGUCCCGGAAAGGAUUCGAUGGAACACAAUACAACUUGGUUUUUUCUGAUGAGUUCAAUACCGAUGGUCGCACUUUCUGGCCGGGGGAUGAUCCUUACUGGGAAGCUGUUGACCUGCACUAUUGGGCUACUGGUAACUUGGAGUGGUUUGACCCCGACGCCAUCACCACAAACAACGGGAACCUGAAUAUCACCAUCACCAAAGAACUGAUACACGAUCUGAAUUACCGCUCCGGAAUGCUGCAAUCGUGGAACAAAUUCUGCUUUACUGGGGGGUACAUUGAAGUUUCGAUCAGUUUGCCUGGAUCUCCCCGGAUUUCCGGCUUCUGGCCAGGGGCUUGGACGAUGGGAAACCUUGGAAGAGCUGGAUAUGGAGCAACAACAGAUGGGACUUGGCCCUACUCCUAUAAUUCUUGUGAUCUUGGCACUUUGAAGAACCAAACCAACGUAGCCGGAACAGGGCCAGCAGCCGCUUUACGUGCACCGGGUGGAGGGCCCUUAUCCUACCUCCCUGGUCAAAAGCUGUCUUCUUGUACUUGCCCAGGGGGCGAACAUCCUGGCCCUAACGUGAAAACGGGCAGGGGAUCUCCUGAGAUCGAUAUCAUCGAAGCCCAAGUCACGUCACCCGGUACCGGCGGGAAUAUUGGACAGGCCUCACAAUCCGUUCAAUUUGCUCCUUUCGAUGAUGGAUACAAUUGGCAAGAGGAUGGCGCAAGAGUCUACAAUCCCCGAGUUUCCAAUAUCAACGCCUACAAGGGUGGAAUCUAUCAAGAAGCUGUAUCGGUUGUGUCGACCACUGAUCAAACUGCCUAUGAAGCUACUGGCGGUAACUUCCAAAUAUUUGGAUUCGAAUACACGACUGGUCCUAAAGGCUCAAUCACUUGGUCAGCUGGAGAUACUGCGACGUGGACUAUGUCUUCCUCUGCCGUUGGACCCAACCCAAACGUUCAAAUUUCCCAGCGAGUUGUCAGCGAGGAACCGAUGUAUAUCAUCUUGAACCUGGCUAUCUCUGAGGCUUUCGAGACGGUCGAUGCUGCUCAUCUGCCAACUCCUGCUCGGAUGCUGGUGGACUACGUGCGGGUGUACCAGAGGAAGGGGCAAGAGAAUAUCGGCUGUUCACCAAAGAAUUUCCCAACUGAAAGUUACAUCAACAAGCACAUCAAUGCUUACACCAAUCCGAACCUGACUACUUGGGAUCAAGCCGGCUACACAUUUCCGAAGAAUUCACUUACCGGUUGCUAA